UAUAUGCAGCCGUCGGACGUUUGUGGUCUCAGAGACGAGAGACCACCGAGGAGCAAAACAUGAAGUUCGUCAGAUUUAUCAUGAAAAACGCGGCUCUGGCCAGCGUCCCCAAACACAUCGAGCAUUUCUCCAAAUUCUCGCCGUCGCCGCUGUCCAUGAAGCAGUUUCUGGAUUUCGGUUCCAUAAACGCCUGCGAGAAGACGUCCUUUGUGUUCCUGAGGCAGGAGCUCCCCGUCAGACUCUCCAACAUCAUGAAGGAGAUCAACCUCCUGCCCGACAGGCUGCUCACAACCCCGUCGGUGCAGAUGGUGCAGAGCUGGUACAUCCAGAGUUUGAUGGAGAUCCUUGAAUUCCUCGACACGAACCCCGAUGACCACAGAGUGCUUGGAGAGUUUGUCGACGCCUUGGUCACCAUCAGAAACAGACACAACGACGUGGUGCCCACCAUGGCCCAGGGCAUCAUCGAGUACAAAGAGGCCUUCCCCCAGGACGUGGUCACCAACCAGAACAUCCAGUACUUCCUGGACCGCUUCUACCUGAGCCGCAUCUCCAUCCGGAUGCUCAUCAACCAGCACACUCUUAUUUUUGAUGGAACCACCAACCCUGUUCACCCAAAUACGAUCGGAAGCAUUGACCCUCACUGUCAGGUUGGAGACGUAGUCCAAGAUGCCUUCCACAGUGCCAAGAUGCUGUGCGACCAGUACUACCUCCGCUCCCCCGAUCUGCUGCUGCAGGAGAGGAACAACAAGAAGACGAACCAUCCAAUCAGCAUCGUGUACGUUCCCUCUCACCUCUACCACAUGCUGUUCGAGCUCUUCAAGAACGCUAUGAGGGCUACGAUUGAGACUCACGAGAGCAGCAACAACCUGCCGCCCAUCGAGGUCAUGGUGUCUCUGGGAGGCGAGGACAUGUCAAUCAAGGUGAGCGACAGGGGCGGCGGUGUCGCCUUCCGUAGGAUCGAGAACCUCUUCAGCUACAUGUACUCCACGGCUCCGGCUCCACAGAUCGGCGAGCACACGAGGCCUCCGCUGGCUGGCUUCGGCUACGGUCUGCCCAUAUCUCGACUCUACGCCAAGUACUUCCAGGGGGACCUGCAGCUCUACUCCAUGGAGGGCUACGGCACCGACGCCGUCAUCUACUUGAAGGCGCUGUCCACGGACUCCAUCGAACGGCUGCCAGUGUACAACAAAACGGCUCUGAAGAACUACAAAGUGAGCCAGGAGGCUGACGACUGGUGCGUACCGAGCAAAGAACCGCUGGAUCUGAGCAGCUUCAAGGUGGCCAAGUGAAAACAUCCGACAGGCUUUCGGUGCUUCAAACCUCCAGUCUUCAUCUUCCCACGAGCGCUUUCCCUCUUUAGCAGACAAAGUGCCGUCUUUUUCGAAUCUUCAGCUGUAGCAUGUUAUCCUCUUUUUUUUUUAAUGUUGCGGUUUUUCAUUGGAAAAUUAGACAAGUAGGGGAGGAAACAAACCUAGUGGGAUACUUGUUACGAUCACCUCUGAGACUUGGGUGAAGCAGCUCCGGUGUUUGCUGAGACGGCAGCAUCGACGGGGAGUUUGCGGUGCAGCUAAGAGUCGUGAGCAGGUAGGAAGACAGAAAUAAAAGCGGAGCGACGAAGAGUAACGGCGGAUGAUUCCAGUUUUAAGAGAUUGCACGUGGAGUAGGAGCAGUUUUCUGAGGGACACAUGGAGGUGUUCAGUUGUUAUCAUAGCGAAUUCACCAAAAGACUCAUUUUCAGUGAAAUACUUGAACUAUUUAAUCCUCAUGUCGCACCUUGUUGGAUUUUCCUGUACUGUAAAUGCUGUUGGGCUCCGUAGAUUUGAACAAACUUUGAGUUGAGUGUAUUUUUUUUAUUUUUUGUGCAUGGCUAUUUUCACAUUUCAGCCUUUUAAAGAAAAAGGAACGGCAGUAUUCACACUGACUCCCAGCGUCAGUCUUCCUGGACCAGGCUGAAUGUAACUCUCUCUUUUUUUUUCUUCUUCUGCAUUAAUUUGCAUUGAAGAGUAUUAGACGAUAGAUUGUGCUGCUUGAUGGGGCCCAAAGCUGUCUCUGAUGCGCCGCCGUCGGCCGCAGGUGUUUGCUUUCGGUUGUUAAAGCUCAGCGGUGAUCCAGUGAGGCGAGGCCAGUCUCAGAUGUGCCAUAGGAGGAUGAAAAACGCCCCCGGGGGUCCAUUUCAUGUGUUGAAAAAUCAACAGGUUUUCUUUUUGUAUUAAAUUAAUCUGAGUCAUACAGUAUGUAUAAAGUUAUUUUUAUAGCUACACCUUUUGUGACUGAUAUUAUUGUAAAUACUGUAAAUGCAAUCAAGAUGAUAAUAAUAAUAAUGAUAAUAAUAAAAAAAAAAAAGAACAAUGAU